AUGGCACCAAAGAAGAUUGAACCAAAGAAACCAGAGCCUAAAAAGCCAGAGCCGAAGAAAGAGGCAGCCCCAGCUGCUAAGCCAGCCCCAGCUCCGGAGCCGCUGCCUGAGCCACCCAAGGAACCAGAGUUUGACCCCAAGAGCAUCACUCUUGAGUACUCAGCCGACCAGAUUGAGGAGUUCAAGGAGGCGUUCAACCUGUUUGACCGCACACCAACCGGGGAGAUGAAAAUCACAUACGCUCAGUGUGGAGAUGUGAUGCGCGCCUUGGGACAGAACCCCACCAACGCAGAUGUGCUCAAAGUGCUCGGGAAACCACGUCCAGAGGACAUGAGCAGCAAAAUGGUGGAUUUUGAGACCUUCCUGCCAAUGCUGCAACACAUCUCUCGUGCGAAAGAUCAGGGCAACUUUGAGGAUUUUGUGGAGGGGCUGAGGGUUUUCGACAAAGAAGGCAAUGGCACCAUCAUGGGAGCGGAGCUGCGCCAUGUCCUCGCAACACUGGGAGAGAGGAUGACUGAAGACGAGGUGGACAGACUGAUGGCUGGACAAGAAGAUGCCAACGGGUGUAUCAACUACGCCUCCUUUGUUAAGCACAUUCUCUCAGGCUGA